AUGGUGAUGGUGGUGGUGGUGACGGUGGUGACCGUGGUGGAGUUAAAGGUGGUGAUGGUGGAGGUGAUGGUGGUAGAGGUGGUAGUGACAGUGGUGGUAGUUGCAGUGGUGAUGAGGAAACUGAGGUCCAGGGGCCAGGCCAAGGGCCCCCUGGAAGACCUGAGAUGGAGCCCGGGGAUUGGGACACGGUGGGCCUUCCCAGAGCCUGUGGCCCCGCCCUCGCCGCCCUCAGCUGUGCGCAGGCCCGAGCUGCAGGGCUCCAGCGCGGCUCUUCCCCUCUCCGGACUCCCUUUCCCGCCUGUAAAGGCACCACCAUCCCUCUGGCAUGUCCAAGAGAUCAAGUCAGCAACUGGGGUUAAUCCCUUCCGCGGCUUCCCCACCGGGGAUACAGCCCACAGGCCUCCUCGGGAGCCCCCUCUCCGGCCUUUACCCAGCUCCCCAAGCUCCUGGCUCCUCCUUCUGCAGCCUCUCACGGCCUCAGGGCCCCUGCUGAGUCCCUUCUCACCCCGUCACAACCACACCCCCAUCCCUGCUUGGGUCACAGCUUUCCUUCGGGAACCUGCUGCGGGAGCCCCGCCUCUGGGCUCCCCCAGGCCCCCGUGUUCCCUCCGCCAGCAGAGUCGGAUCCUGACAGUCCCAAGGUCUGUUUCGCCCCUGGCUUCCCAGCAGUCCGCCGGCCCCAGGAGGGCAGAGGCCACACUAGCCAGGUACCUGGGAACCUGCAUAUUGACCCAGAAAGAUCCGAGCCUGUCCAAGCCCAUCUGCAGCCCGGUGGCUCUAAGGCCCAGAGGGUUUUCAGGGGACACAGAUGUGCCAACCAGGCCCUUCAGGUUUGGGGCCCACGUCCCCACAGCCGCCAGCCACGCGGGCACACGCCUGGGCGGCCUCCGCGCCCACGCCCCCACACCUGCCCACCUGCCGGCCGGACACGCACGUGCACGCGUGGCACACAUCUACACAGAAAACUCGGGGACGAGGCCGGUGCGGGCAGCAGGGGGGCUCGGGCUAAGACGCGGAACAUCGCCGGUCCCACCACGCGACGCGAGCCACGGCUCCGGCGGCGGGAGGACGGCGGGGGCGGCCUCACGGCCCGGGCAGCCCAAGAUGGGGCCCGACGCGGGCCGGCACCGAGGAGACGGAAGGGGCGGGGAGGGCCGGCUGCGAGCGCGUCGCGCGCGCCCUCUCUCGGCCGUCGGGGGCAGCGCGCCCCGGUCUCUCCGCCCUCCGUCACCGCAGCCCCGCGCCCGCCGCCUGGGCCUGGAGCCCCGGGCGUCCCCAGGGGGCGGGCUCCGGGCUCCGCAGACCCGCUCCGGGCGGCGGGUCCGGGCCAGGCGGGCCGGCCAGGGGGCGAGGGCGCCAGGGGAGGCCGCCGGGCCCCGGUCGCUCUCCCGGCCGUGCCCGGGGCCCGCUCUGCCUGGCCCCGCGGUUGUGCCCGCAGGCGCGGAGCCGCCGCGGUACCUGCCCGACCCGGCCGCCGCAGACCGAGCGCGCCGCAGACCCAGCCCUGGGAUCUCGGGGCGAGCGUGCAGGGGCGGGUCGGAAAGGCCCUGGGAAAGCAUCACCCACGCCCCCAUUUUCCGGACGCGGCAACCGACGCCCGGAGAGGGGCAGGAGCCUGGGGGCAAGGAAACAGACUUGGAGGCUGAGCAACUUGGCGGCGCCCCCUCCCCGGCCAGGGGAUCCGGAGGAGGGCGGCAUGAUGGCGAAGGCGACGAAAUCGCCUCCUCUCCGCCCCCGCGCGGGACCGCGGCGGGAACAAGCGCCCUUCUCGGCGAUCAGAGGCGGCAAACUCCGCGCUCGCGCCCCCCGCCCGCGGGGGACCCGCGGAGCCGCGCGCCGCCCUGGCGCAUUCCCGCCGGCCUCGGGGCUCGGCGCGCAACAAGUCUGAAGGCUGCGCCGGGAAACCAAGAGCGAGCGGAGAAGGAAGCGCCGGGCCGGGCGCGGGGCCCCAGGCGCUCCGGGAUCCCCGAACGCGCGCAUCGCCCGCCUCCGGGCAGCAGGCGCGGGCGGCGGGAGCGCCAGCUGACUCCGCGGCCUCCGCGGUCUACACCCCCUCCCAAGGCCGCGACUCUCCCGAGCUCCCGCCCCCUCCUUCGCCGGCUUGACCUUGCUCGGGUACUCAAAGCCGGCCCCGCCGGCACCCCGGCGUCCGGGCACAGAGUUUGGCGGCCGCCCGCGAUCGGGGAAGGAGCGGCUCCCCCCUCGAACCUCCCCCACGGCCUCUUCGGCUGCGGGGUUAGCCGAGAAAUGGAAGGCAUGUGGGUUCUGGGCGAUGGUAUGGCCGCCUCACCAGACCCCAGCCCCCCGAUAGCGCCUCCCGGAUAUGAAAAGGGUUCCCCGCUCCCGUGCCUUCCCGCCGCGCCCGCGUGGCCGCUGCUCUUCCCCGCGGCGGCUCUCGCUCCGAGGGGGCGUGUGUUUGUGUCCAUGGCGGAGGGCACCAAGGGUCUCCGUGGGUCCCGAGGGUGGGGUGGAAGCGUGGACCCAAGUGGCUCCUGUGGGGCCGGGGUUCGGGUCGUCCACCCACACGCCUGCACGCCUUUCAACUCCUCGGGAGUUGCAGCCAAGGAGUCAGCCCCAGACCCGGCGGAGCGGGCCGUGCUGGGGGCGGCGCGGGGAGGGGGGAGAGGGAGCGGCGCGGCCCGGCCCGGCCUAGGGACCCAGGCUCAGAGCCACAGGCUCGGAGGAGCCCCCUCCCCCCGGCCGCCUCGCUCCGCGAAGAUUCCCAGCUUCGUCGCCCCCUCCCGAGGCCCCAGGCCUGCUCGGUCCAGCCCGGGGGGCCUCGGGGACCAUGGGGAGAGGAUGCUCGGCCGGGCCCAGAGCCCCCAGCCACCCCCGGGAGGGGGCGGGGGCCGCGCUCAUUCCUCGAGGCAGCUCCGCGGCUCCGAGCGAACGGCGGACACCGAAGCUGGGCGGCCUCUGCCCGCUGGGGACGUGGACCGCGCAGUGCCAGGAGCGGGCCGCAGCUUCUCCCCGGGAGAGCGCAGGGCCGCCCCAAAGUUCGGAGCGGCUUAUCGGCCUGGGCCGGCCGACCGAAUGGAAAAGGAAGAUGAGGAGGGAAGGAGCCCGGCGGUUGUAUGUUGA